AUGGCGAUGACCCCUCCUGGAAGUGAAAUGACAGAUAAGAAGAAGACGCUUCGAUCAGAUUUCCUGUGGGUAGACUCGAGCGGUGGCAACACCGAUCCCACCAACCAUGUUUACGAAAGAGAGGUACGGAGCCAUGUCCAGCGAUGGUCCAAGACGCACACUGGCCCAACAAGGCUGCGCAAUAGCACCUCAACCAGCAGAAAACGGAAAGCCGCUCCAAAGGUUCAGUCUGUACAGCCUGUGUCAUCAAAGCCGAUUGCCAAAACCAAGGCUUCUCCACCAAGUGCCAGCCGUACCGCUCCAUUUACUGCGGCGCCGAUGACGCCAGUAUCUAGUCAAGAGACUCCAGUCGAACUAGAGGAUCUGGUUGUGAUGCAGACAAGGAGCAGGAGUGCGACGGAGGUUGAAUCCCCACCGGCGAGACGGUCUGGGGGUCAACGUCCCCUUGGGGACGACGUAACGGUUCAAGAUAAGGAAGACUCUGGCCAAGUCGCAGGCACUGUUGUCCCUGCCACAUGGAGAGAUGACCAACGGUGGCGGCAGACCAUUCAGUCUCGCAUUCAGCAGACUGUGCGGCUCUGGCACUCAAUCGCGCCCGCUUUGGCCGCGACCCUUGACUCAGACAGACUGGAGAAAAUGGUUCGAUGCCACCACUUGACCUUCUCCACGGUCUGCUCCGUGAAGAAGGCUGCAACCACCCGAGAGUCACAGGAGGAAGCACUGAGAUUCGAGCGGCUGAUGGUCAAAGGUUGUAGAGCCUUGGAGGCGUACAGAGUGGGGGAGGCUUUCGUGCGGUUUGACGAGGCCUUUUCGUACCUGAAGCCGAUUUUGAUCUUGCAGAAUAUCCGAGGGCAGCCGAUGUUGUGCCGUCUUAUCGCUCAAUUCUCUGGACCGCUCUUUGUGCCCCUCUGGCAUCGGGUCUACCAGUACAUCAUCGAGCUCGCAGAAGUGUUGAUCAGUCCAGACAACCCCUUCGGACAGAGUGCUGAUUUGUUUAUCCGAUCUCCAGUCCCGUUGGCCGACGCGUCAGAAAUGGUCCUUCGGUGUAUCCUCGACGUGGUGCAGACUCAGCUUGGACCAUUGCAUCCAGAUGCCCUGGACUCCCUCGAAUGCCUAGCUUGGUCUCUGUUCGAAAGGGGUCGUGGACAAGAAGCUCUCGCCCGCUUCACCGAGCUUCUGCAGAACCAAGAAGCCGCCAGGGGGCCCAUGUCUCCGGAGGCAUGCGAUGCACUUCGCGGACUCGCCGAGACGCAUUUGCGGCUGGGUGACCUCGAUGUGGCUGAGCACAUGUUCGACGAGGUCCUUGGAUGGCGAAGCAUGGGGCCGGGCAGGGAAAGCCCGCAGGCGUCCGCUGUUAGAGUCAAGUGCUUACUCUCGUUGUCUCGUCUGGCCCAGCGACGGCAGAAUCCAUUUCGUGCUCGCUGGCUGUUGCGGCACGCAGCUCAAACAGCUUCCCUAGCGUACAGCGAAGGUGGCCAGACGGCGACAGAUGUUUCCUUCGACGCCAAACCCCCAGAACUUGAUCCACUGGAUGAAGUCAAAGAAGAAGUCCAGAGGCUGCUGGACGCUGUGGGGUCAUGGUCGAUUGACUCAUUGAUUGAUGAAUGA